GCGGAGGUCCGAGAGUUGCGUCCGUCUUGCAGCGGCAAUUCCGACUCGUCCACCCACCGCGGCAACCGAUUCGUGGGAUUCGUCCGGUCCGGACACCAACUUGUCGGGACAAGCAUAUCGACUCGCUGGGAGACGAUCAGAACGGCCAUUGGUCUGAGACGAAACCUCGUGGAGGCGGUGUCGCGAGGUGGUCAGUUGGUGCAUGGUUUGAGUUGCCAUGCUGACAAAUUGUUGUCACGCGAUUUGAAGAGGAAACGUGUCCGUUUCUCAGAUCGCCUGCUGAUUCGCCGUUUUUUGCCGACUCCAACCUCUUCUUUGUCCGUUGACUCGGACAGCUCGACACGUAGUCUCUCCGGUUACAUGUUCAAAGCGAUGAGACGCUUUCGUGCCAACCCCGACGACUGGAUGGAGGCGUCAAGCCGACGUCGGGCCCAUUCAGACGCAAUGCGAAGCUGGACGACGCCGAGUCUGCAUAUCAACUGUUUCCAAGGGACGACCGACAAAGGUCCAAAACAGGAUCAGCAGGAAGAGGAGAAAGAGGAGCAGGAGGAGCAGGAGAGAGAGGAGGAAGAAGAAGGGGAAGAGGAGAAGGAGGAGGAGGGGAAAGAGGAGGAGGAGGAGGAGGAGGAGGAGGCGGGCGGUGUCUGGUACGUGGAGAGUGUGUACAGUCUGACGGUGGUUUCCGGGGUCUACUUUGAGGAGCUGGCUCCCUUGUUGGCCGGCCAACCCAGUCUCGAGGUGUCCGGUCGUCAUCCGUUAUCGUCGGGUGUCAACUCGGCAGACGAGGCGGAGCAUGCUCGCCUGGCGUUGCCGGGGCUCGAGGCAAGGCAGAUGUUCGCGUCGCGUCCUGCCCCCUGGUCCGAGAUGAGGAGGUCUCGAGGUCUCGACGUCGGCGCCAUCGGAGCCAUCGACAAUUGUGUCCGUGGUCUGGCGGGUCGACUGAUGCGUAAAGCCGACAGUGAACCGGAAAUGCGUGUUGCCGCCUCCGUGGCUCGUCUCGGCCUGCCCGACUGGCUUGAAGUGGGCUUGGUCGACUUUUACACCAGCCUUGGCUUGGACGAAGAAUCACUGGCCGGCUCCGUCCAACUGACCGCAGCCCUGACAGCGGCGAGUGUGCUUGUUGAGGAUUUGGCUCUGGUACAGGGCGGUGAUGCUCGUCUCCAGCUGGAGGUGGGCAAACCGUUGCCUCGGUUCCCCUCGGCCGGUCGGUACCGCCUGCAGGCCCAGAGCCAGGAGCAGGCAAAUGCACAAAUCUCUACAGCCGGACGACGACAGUGA